AUGAGGAGCAUAGCUCUGGUUUUCGUUGUUACUGUUCUGAUCCAUGCGAUCUUCUCUUUGGAGAUUUACACAAAUAGCUGGGCUGUGCACAUACCCGAUGGCUCUGUAGAGGCAGAACGUAUUGCACAGAAAUUCGGUUUCAUCAACCUUGGGCAGGUGGUGCUUGGCAGUGAUUUCUACCAUCUAUCUCAUCGUGGCAUUCAAAGGAAAUCCUUCAGCCCUCACUGGGGUAGAAAUAUUCAGCUGAAAAAAGAACCCAAGGUUAGCUGGUUUAAGCAGCAGACGCUGAAGAGAAGGGAGAAAAGACAGCCUGAUGUGGUUCCCACAGACCCCCUCUUCAGCUUGCAGUGGUACCUGCAUAAGGAUAUAAAUCCUGACUUAGGCAUCCAGACUGCUUGGAACCGUGGAUAUACCGGACGAGGCGUGGUGGUCACCGUUCUGGAUGACGGACUUGAAAAGGACCACCCCGAUCUCGCAUUAAACUAUGAUCCGGAGGCAAGUUACGAUUUUAAUGACGACGAUCCUGACCCUCAGCCCCGAUAUAACCCAUCUAAUAAGAACUACCACGGGACCCGCUGUGCAGGCGAGGUGGCUGCGGUUGCCAAUAAUGAUAUUUGCGGCGCUGGAGUAGCAUACAAUGCUAGAAUAGGAGGUGUGCGAAUGCUGGAUGGGAUAGUCACAGACAUUGUUGAAGCUCAGUCGUUGAGUUUGAACCCACAGCAUAUUGACAUUUAUAGCGCCAGCUGGGGUCCCUCUGAUGAUGGAAAGGUACUGGAUGGACCAGGAGUGUUGUCUUCUGAGGCUUUUUACAAAGGAAUACUAAAUGGCCGCGGUGGCCUUGGAUCUAUCUUUGUUUGGGCAUCUGGAAACGGUGGCGGGAAUGACAACUGCAACAGUGACGGCUACUCCAACAGUAUCUACACUAUUGCUGUUGGGGGUGUCACAAAACAUGGAACAGUCCCUUUGUACAGUGAGGCGUGUGCAUGCAAACUUACAAGCACUUACAGCAGCAGUGGUGGUGAGGAAUGGACUGUUAUCACCACUGAUAUACGCCACACGUGUACAGAUCAACACACUGGGACUUCCGCCGCCGCUCCACUUGCUGCCGGGAUCCUUGCUUUGGCAUUGGAGGCAAACCCAGCUCUUACAUGGAGGGAUAUACAACAUAUCGUGGUAAGAGCGUCCAGUCCUGCCCACCUAAUGGCUGACGAUUGGGUCAUAAAUGGAGUGGGAAGAAAAGUGAGCCACUAUUUCGGCUACGGACUCUUGCAUGCUGGACGAGUAGUGGAGCUGGCCGAAACAUGGGAGACAACGCAGCCUCAAAGAAAGUGCCUCAUAACAAUUGUGAGCACCCCCAAAGAAGUGUAUUCAGAUCUGAUUUUGACUUACAAUGUCACUGCCUGUUCUGGGUCCCCCAAUCACAUAACAUCCCUUGAGCAUGUCCAAGCCCAAAUGUCCCUCAGCUACAGUCGCAGAGGUGACCUGGAAAUCUAUCUUACCAGUCCUAUGGGCACCCGUUCUGUGCUAAUGGGCAAGAGACCACAUGAUACCAGCACUGAUGGGUACAAAGAUUGGUCCUUCAUGACCACACAAUCUUGGGAUGAAAAUCCAUUGGGCCUUUGGACCUUAGAACUUAGGAACAGAGGAAACUACACCAACCACGGAUUUCUACGUCACGUCACGUUGAUUUUGUACGGGACCGAUGAACACAUGAUGUCCAGGAAAAUCAAGAAGUCUGUCAUGAGAAAGUGUCUGAGGCGGGAUAGAAAUGGGUCGUGCAUAGAAUGUUUGGCACCAUAUUAUACCUUUGGAAAGCUCUGUCUAUCUUACUGCCCUGCCAAAUACUUUAAGUCUACGCAUAGAGCGGAGGUGUCAGAGCCCAGCAGCUUUCACCUUGUUCGUUCUUGUGCCGCUUGCCACCCAUCCUGCUUUACGUGUAAAGGGUCGUCUGCCAAUAAUUGCACUUCCUGUUCCCCUUUAUACGAAUAUAAUGGAAAAGACAACUCAUGCGUAAGAUCUGACUCCCCAAGUGUAGACUUACAGAAUGCCUCAUUCAUCCGGAUCCCUCAAACAACAUUAGUGGCAGUGAUAAUGAGUGCGGCCAUUGUAAUGGUUAUGGGAGCGCUGGUGGUUUUCAUUCACUGGUAUCUACGAAAAAGAUCACGAGUAGACCCCAGUCCCGUCUGAUGGGCAACCACCGUGCUCUAAAUCAGAUCUGGAAUCUGCGCAGGGAGGAGAUUUCCUCUGCUUUUGAACGCUGAUGAGGACAAAUUCAACAAGGGAGAGUAGAGACCCAACCUGACGCGGAUAGCACUGUUACACCAAUAAAAUUCCUUUUACUAUUUGGCAAAAAUACCUUUUCCUUGCUAUAUUUUACAAAUUUAGAUUUUAAGU